AUGGCACUCCUCAAGUCACUCGUUCUGCUUUCGAUAACACAAUCAUUACUAAUAUCGUGUCAAACACUGCCGACGUGGCCCUCGCCCGUUAACGAUGAACUGGAAGACAUAAUGUACCUUAGUACAGGAUAUCGAGCACGAGGCUUUGCUGAUCCAGUCACACCGUGCUCAAAACAAUCAAGAACCGGAACCGGGCCAGGUCGUGUCGCUGCGGCUGGCUGGUUGAGGACCGCUUUUCACGACGUCGCCAAUACCAAUCAAGUGCGUGGUCUGACCGGCGGUAUAGAUGCGUCAAUUGUCUACGAGCUCGGCCGUUCAGAAAACGAAGGAUCGCAAUUCGUCGGCGCAAUCACGGAUUUCGAACCUUUCUUCGGUCCCAGAGCCCCUAUGGCCGAGCUGAUUGCCAUUGGCACCUACACAUCUGUUCGCAGUUGUGGCGGUUUGCCUAUUCCAAUCCGGCUUGGGAGAGCAGAUGCGAUAGUCGCUGGUACGGACGGACAGAUUCCUCAGCCUCAAAACAAAGUGGGGACCUUCGUAAGCCAAUUUUCACGUCUGAACAUGGGUCCUUCAGAGAUGGUCCAGCUCGUGGCUUGUGGACACACGUUAGGCGGUGUUCAUGCAAACAACUUUCCACUCAUCGUAACACAGCCCAACACAUUCCAGACUAUGGACUCAACUGGCGCAACACCAGCGGUCUUCGACCAAAGAGUUGCCUCAGAGUUCGUGGCUGGUACUACUACGAAUCCCCUGGUCGUUGGACCCUGCAUUGGGUCCCAACGAUGUUCGGACACGACUGUGAAUUCGGCUGACGGCAAUGCGACGAUCACCCAGAUGGCGGACCUUACUUACUUCCAAACGUCUUGCAAAGCCGUGCUACAGAAGAUGAUCGAGUGUGUUCCUGGAGGGGCCAAAACACUGGCUACAAACCCGUUGACGCCAUAUGAAGUCAAGCCGUAUGCGUUGUCUCUUUAUCUUCAAGAUGCAGGCGGUAGCGCUCUGACUUUCAGUGGAGACAUCAGGGUUCGAACUACGAAUCGUCCACAGAGUAGCAUCGCCUCUGUCUCACUUGUAUACAAGGAUCGGUCUGGUAACGCUGGAAGCACCAGUAUCACCACUACGUUCACGGGCACAGCAGCAGGCCUGGAUGAUACCUUUGCAUUCUACAGCUUCAAGUCCACGUUGCCCAGCACCUCGUCGAUCUCGAGCUUCACCGUGCAAGUAAGCUAUACCAGCGGGAAUGUCGACACAUUCACCAACAACGGCGCUGGCUUCCCCGUCAGCGACACGCUUCUGCUUCAGUAUCCUCAAUCGUGCUCUUCGGACCCGUCUACAAUCACUGUGACGGCUGCCGUCCGGAACUCGAUCUCUGGCACACCCAACCUCAACUUCCUCGGACGAACAUACACUAGUCCCAUCAUCGUGCCCAAAAUCACAACAACCACGACUGCUCUGAACUCGGCCUCCCUCAGUGUUGGUCCGUACACGCUAUACAGCAUUACCACCUCCCUCAACACAGCCCAAUCUGCGAAAGGCUACUUCAACAUCACUAUCCCGGGCGUCAGUGGAGCGGCCGUCGACCUCGCACUCCUCUCGAGCCUGCCUACAGCUUGCACCACCACCACCGAAUCCUGCGCCGCCUUCUGCUCUACCUACGAGUUCUUCGGCACCGAAUACGGCGCCGAGUGCUACUGCGGCGGCUCCCUCACCUACAACACCACUCUGUCAGAAAGCUCGUGCAACAUGGCUUGCUCUGGGAACAGUGCAGAGAAGUGCGGUGGGCCCGGCGCGUUGAGUCUGUAUCGGAAUAAUCUGUAUGUGAAGCCGAGCUAUCCGGAUGUUGGGACGGGGUGGAAGUACAGUGGGUGUUAUACUGAUGAUGUGGGGAAUCGGACGGUGCAGGGGUAUCGGGUUAAUGACGAUAAAUUGACGUUGGGAAGUUGUGCGAGUGUGUGUGAUAGGGAGAGGUAUGGUGUUAUGGGAACGGAGUAUUACUCGGAGUGCUAUUGUGGCGCAGCGCUUGGGGGCACAGGAAUUAAGGUGGACGAUGUGCAGUGUGAUACUGUGUGUAGCGGGAAUGGUGCGCAGAGCUGUGGUGGUGCUGGCUAUAUCAGCGUGUAUAUGAAGGGCACGACGAGCCAAAAGUCUAGGAGAUGGGAGGCUUGA